AUGAAUUCCGAGGCAUCAUACCGAAGCACCAGCAAGGAAGUGUCCAACGUCGAUGUUGAACGUGGGGAUGGUGUUAAAUGGUCAGACAAACCCAACUUCAUCAAGCCUAUGCAGCGCAGCAAUUCGAUUCUAUUCAACAGACCAGCCCCCCAAGGCGGUGAUCACCGAGCAGAGGAUGAUGUCGAGGGUGAAGAGUUUCGCCUACGAGACUUGAACAUUGACGUCCAACGUAUCUUGGACUCACUACGCCCACAUGUCCUCUUCCGCGUCAAAGAGGGAUACGAAAUGAAGAAUCUCCCCAAGUUCGACGAUAUGGUUCGAUAUGGCAUUCGGGAAGAAGAGGAGCUUGAACUGUGGGGGCUCGAGGUACGUCGACUUGCUGCGGUCGCCAAGUCUGAGGAGCCUCCUACACUCGAAGGAGACGCCGAAUGGUUUGGAGAUGCCGACGCCGCUGGCUACAAUCGCCUCCAUCGCCUGGCCCUUCAAAUUCAAUACGCUCUUGAUAUCUGCAUCCACGAUAACGAGUUGGUCCUGCUUCAAUAUCAUCCUCAGCUGGCCAAUGAAUCGGAUUACGAGUUCGCUCAUCGACGCAUUUGCCGAACUUUUGAUGAGGAUCGAGGAUCCAUCAGAUACGAACGUUCCAUCAGGAUCGAGAAACACAACGAUGAGGCCCUACACGCCCUCGUCAACUACGUCACGGCCCUCAUGAUUCGUCUCUUACUGAGAAGCAUGAGCGGAAGGUUCUGGAUCGAGAAUUGCGUCUCCGUUCUCGCCAAGUUCGCGGCCAAGAUCAAGGUUGUGACUGCAGACUUGCCUUUGGCUUUUGAAAGGACUCUAGAAGCAUGGAGGGACUUUCAAAUCCAGGUGACCCAAUCUCCGGAGGCUCGUGGUGUCCAUGCCGUCCAAGCCAACUCAUCCGGCUCAGGCUCGGAUGAUGACCCCAUGGCGAAGCAGCAGAAGGCUCUUCAGGAAGACAUUGAUACCUCUGGAGCACGAUAUUUCAUGGAAAUGGACGCCUUCAGGCACUCUCUCAGUAACCUGAUGGAGGCGGCCAUCGCAGAUCUGAGUUGGAAUGAGGAGAUCGAGCAGCCUGCUGAUGUUUUUGAGACGAGUUCAAUUGUCUAUGACACUGGAUUUCAUGACAGAAGAACUCAACUCUGCCGUGAACGUGAUGGAGCCAUUGGAGCUGCUGGGGAACGGAAAGUCAUCGAUUUUGCUGGCGUUGCGUUCCAGAUUGGAUCCGAGGUUUGGGAGAGUUUAUCGUCUUCAAAUGUUCACGGGGUGAACAGUUAUACCACCCUCACUUGGAGCCGAAAGCCGUUUUCUAGAGACCAGUUUCCCAAGAGGAAGGAGUCUCAGGAUCGAAUAACUGAGCCCGCCGAGAACAAUCCCUUGAUUCACAUGGCACAUAUGCUGGAUGUCAUCAAAGCGCUUGUGCCGUAUCUCAUGUACUGUGGCGCAUUUCCCACCCGUCUUUCUUUGUUCACGCAACUCGCGGUCCUAAUUUCAGAUCCGACGAAUCCUGUUCGAUACUACAAGCAGAAGAGCUUUCUCACAGGAGCAAGAAUUCAUACUUCGGCCUAUGAAAGAAACAAAGACCCGAACUCAUCCCUCAUCUCUCAGACCGUCUACGAUACCGACAUGGCCAGACUUGCACGACAAGGAAAGCCGAAUAGACAGCUCAAGGAAGAGCUUGAGAAGGCCGAGAAGUGGAUCAUUGAUGAAAAGGCAAUCAUCAUCCAGCAUACUUGGUACUCAAUGAUUUCUCUUGGCGUCUGCGCACUGCUCAUUGCUGGAGGAGUGGCUCUCAUUGCUAUUGAAGACUUGGCAACUGGUGUUGACCCCUCAAAUCUCACAGCCUUGGCAUGGGCUGCCGCGGGUUUCAUCAUGAUUUACUUCAAAUCUAGACGAGUCCAGGACUGGCCUUGGAGGGACUUCCUACGGGGCCGUAUCGUCUGCCGAUCCAUCACUGAAGUGCAAUCCGUCACAGGGAUGGAUCCGCAGGUGCUCAUCGCCAUCCUACUACGACUCGAGACGAGAAUGUUUCUAAAGACUCGCGGCCCAUUCAACACACUAUUCUCUAGAAAGGCUGAGGACGGCUUCUCCAUCGACGUUCCGCUACUCACUAGCACAGUCAUCGAUGGGGGCUACAUCUUCGUCAGGGUCGACAGCAUGUCAGGUCCAGCACUGGUUGCAUUGACUGCCAAGUCGUAUGGGCCCUAUGACUCCAUCUCUCCCAAAGGUACAAGCACUAACAAGCAAAUGUUUACUUGCCGGGAUGUUUCAGACUCGGGGCGGUAUCUGCUCAACGGGGAGUCAUUGGCGCUAUAUCCGAUCGUGACAAACGAUCUCCAGUGGUAUAGAGUCAGAGGCGUGUUUGCAACAAGAGCCUGCUUUGAUUAG